GCAGACGCUCUGAGUUGUGACAACAUCUCGACCGUCAAACCGAAAACAAUUUAGGAGCCGAAGUGCGAGCAGUUGUCUGCUUCCAGUAUGUGGCAAUUCUGAGAAACUUUGAACUUUUAAACUUUUGUAGUUUGUUUUGUUUUGGACUUUUAUUUUCCAGUCACCGUUUGAAAACGGUCGGUGGGUCUGGUAUCUGGGCUCAGGGAAGCGGACGCGCUCUUUUCUUCAACCUGACUCGUUCUGUCUGACCUUCAGAGCGGCACCCACACAUGUAGCGUGCAGCAUAAGCAGAGUGUACACCUCUAUGUGAGCUGUCUUUUCCUCUAAAACAGAUCUCUCUACCUCUCGGGCUGGACUGUGGUGCAUUAACGUCGGCUCGCCCUCCCCUGCCCCCUCGGCCCCCAGCGAUGGCCUCACGCAUCGGGCUGCGAAUGCAGCUGAUGCGAGACCAGCUGCAGCAGGAGGAGCAGCGUGAGCGGCAGCAGCAGCAGAACGUGGCGAUGCAGUACAUGCAGCAAUGCAUGACUGGUCCACCUGCACCUACGCCAGCCAUUAGCACCCCGCAGCAGUACCAAAGCAUGGAGGUUCCCGUGGAGGUUUUAAAGGUGCAAACACACCUUGAAAAUCCAACAGACUACCAUAUCCGUCAGUCACGGAGACAACAAGUGAAAGAAUAUCUUUCAACCACUUAUGCCAACAAACAGACAGUCCAUGCAGUGGCAGGGCCCAUGCCCCCAUCUCCACCCACAAACAUGGGACCUGCAGGGGGUUCAGCGUCUGCACCUCCACCUCUCCACUCCCCGCACAUGCGGAAGGAGCAGCUAAUGUCUGGCAACAGCGCCCCCAACAGCCCCAUGGCCAUGCUCAACAUUGGCUCCAGCCAUGAGAAGGAGAUGGACGAAGUUAUUGAUGACAUUAUAAGUAUGCAGUCCAGUUACGAUGACGUUCAGGGUUACAUGGACCCUGUCCAGAUGCCAAACACACUCCCACUUUCCAGCAGCCACCUGGACGUCUACACAGGCCCUGGGAUGAAGGCGCCGACUAUCGCAAUGACGAGUAACUCCUGUCCCGCCAACCUAACCAUCAAGCGAGAACUGUCAGACGCAGAAGCCCGUGCGCUGGCCAAGGAGAGACAGAAGAAAGACAACCACAAUCUGAUUGAAAGAAGGAGAAGAUUCAACAUUAAUGACCGAAUCAAAGAGCUGGGCACUAUGAUUCCUAAGACCAAUGACCUCGAUGUGCGUUGGAACAAAGGUACUAUAUUGCGGGCCUCUGUAGAUUAUAUAAAACGUAUGCAGAAAGAUGUGCAGAGGUCCAGAGAGGUGGAGAAUAACUUCAAAAGGAUGGAGAUGGCCAACAAGCAGCUUUUGCUACGUAUCCAGGAGUUGGAGAUGCAGGCUCAGCUGCAUGGCCUGCCAAGCAACUCCCCAUCUGGCUUAAACCCGAAUGAAAUGAUGCCUCCUUACAUAAAACAUGAGGCCAGCCCAGAGCAGAACUUUUCUCACCCUCAGCCACAAGCUCUCCACCAGGCGCAGCACCUACCCCACAAUCACGCUCAGCCCCAACAGCACCACUUCCUCCCCCAGACCCACCUCCAUCAUCAGAACCAGCUCCAGCCUCAGCUCCGGCAAAUGCCAUCACUCCCACAGCACCUCCCACCCCAACAGCCCAUCCAGUUCCCAGCCGUGGGCAGCUCCCAAACCUAUGACUUUACCCAGUCGCUGGACUUGUGCGAUGGGAUACCCGGAUUCUCAGACGGCAUGUCGGGGCUGGGCGACCUGGGCGGACUGGACGUCCAAGGGAGAAGAGGCGAGCUGGGCUUCUUGAUGAUGGACGAGCCUUUGUCCCCUAUGGGUGGAGACCCACUGCUGUCCGGAAUGUCCCCUGAGGCAUCUGUCGACUCCAGCCGCAGAUCCAGCUUUAGCAUAGAGGAUGGAGACAUCAUGUAGAAAUGUAGUGUGGUUGCAGUUUAACUGUAAACAGCAAAAAAAGGAAAACACCAUAAAUAUUCACUCUCCACAAAAAAAAAAAAUACUGAUUAUUUACCAGGUUCCAACAUCACAUAUUUUCACACACUUAGUGGUACAGUUAUCUAUCUUUAAUGGUAUGGUACACCACUCUCAGAGUCAGAGCCGGCCCAAGGCAAAAUCAAACUUAGCUUCUGCUUGGGGCCUCCGGGCCAGCAAGGGGCGCUCUAAGAGUGCUUGACCUCUUAGACAGAGUAUAUAUCUUUAUAUAUAUAUAUAUAUAUAUAUAUAUAUAUAUAUAUAUAUAUAUAUAUAUAUAUUUAUAUCAAAAACCUCAAAAUUGCUUUAAACAAUUAAAAUAAUAUUUAUGUAGACGAAUUUAUAAUUCUUUAAAAUUUUACAUUUUAAUUACUUUAAGAUUUAAAGAAACUGACAUAGGCACUAGUUGUAAUCAUAUAUUCAUAGUUUGUUCAUUAUGUUAACGGUCAAAAUUUAAUGUUUCUAGUUUAUCAUUGCUGCUGUUAAUGUCUGCUAGAGUCACACCUCAAGGAUAAACAAAAGGGCCACAAUUCAAUACAUUGAUAGGUUAAAAAAUAACUAUUUAUAUAAGUGAUAAUAUAAAUAAAACUGAAUAUACAUACAUUUAAUACAUUAAUUGGAAAUUCAGCAAAUAAAACCAGUAAUUUAAUACAGUUUGUAUUCAUUUUAGGAGCAUAUAUAAUUGAAGUAUUUAUUCAAAUAGUUAAUUAUCCUAUGUCACAGCAUUAUUUUUACAGUUUAAAUUAUUUCAUGAUGGGGUGUAGCACAGGAAAUAUGAAAUACUGAAAUAUGUUUUUUUUUCACAUAAAUGUAAUUUAAAUUUAAUGGUGUUUAGAUUGUGGCACAUUUUGCCCUUGAUACUUCCCAACCCUACUGAGUCUGCAUUGAAACUAUUUAUUAACCAAAUAAUGUGGACUGGAAAGGGGUCCCAAAUCAGAUUCGACUAAGGGCCAAAGACUUUCUUGGGCCGGCUCUGGUUAGAGUAAACUUUUUGCAUAGACACUCAAGUGCCUGCAAGUUAAUCUGUGCAGCUUGAAGCUUUACCUUGCAGGCUGAGCAUUUUCAAGUAUGCAGACCAGUUGUGCAGCACAUUUAGCCGUAUUUCCAUCAGGUGACUCUGAAUCCUAACUAAGCAGAGGACAACACCAGUAGUUAAUUAGAUUGACAGAAUCGGAUGCAAGGGCAAAUGGGGGCAUUGUCUCACUUGAUUGUUAUUUACCCCCUGCACACCUUUUUUAAUAACCGUAAAUGAUUUGGUGAAUGAUAGUUAAUAAAAGGAAAUAGCUUUAUGGUCCUGCAUGCAUAAUUCAUCAUGUAGGGGAAGCAGUCUUCUGACAUAGCUGCUCUCCUCAAUCUGCUUUUCCACAUUUAGCUUUGGCCACACAUGUUAGGUGUUGACAAAGAUCUGAGUUACCCUGAUAAAUUGGAGGGAUCUCUAUAAGUGUUCACAUCUUAUGAUUCAAUAAAAAUAAAAAAAAUUACUCAGUGGUUGGACGAUGAUCUUUUGCAAGCUGAUCUUUUUUUUUUUUUUCUCAGAUUAAAUGUGAUAUACCAAACUUUCACUUGAUAUUGUCAUGACUAGGGACAUCCCAACCAUGAAUUGUUCUCCCUGAUGCUGAUCCAAGUAAUUGAGGAAUAGCGAUCAGUUGAUACCAAAUUACAGGCAGUUGAUGACAUCUGACUCAACACAUAGAGCUAAAGUCCUCAAUAAAAUCUUUAUCCUGCAUGUUUUCCUGCAGCACAGCUUGCUAAUGUGGGUGGCUACUAUUAGUAUGUUUACUUUUUGUUUUGAUGUGGGUUGAAACAUAUCUUAAUGUGGAUCCAGUUACUUGUGUGCAGAUGAAACUUGCAGCUUCAUAAACAUAACAUUUAACAUGCAGUUUUACAGCUCCUCUCUUAAGUCACAUAGCACUGACGGACAUUUAGCUGCAGUAGGAAAUAGACUCAUCUUCUGAGUGCUUGGAAAAACCCAAAUAAACAGAAUGUUGUGCACAACUAUUGUAAAAACAGACCAUGAUAUUUUUUUUUAAAUCUGGCUUUGCAAUUUGCAGACUUACAUCUCGCUGUGGGUGCAACUGGCAUAAAAUCAUAAUAACCGGUAUUUGGAGCAAAGUCCAGCCAGGAAAUAUACCCUGACUGGAAACCUGAUCUGAUCCUUUGGACAGGGUCUGGACAUCCCUAGUCAUGACCUUCACUCAGAUGCUGUCAAAUCCUUUAGGAGUAAUUUCAUCAAAUUCUUCAGAUGAUCUGAAAGAUUUAGCAUUAACUUAGAAGAAAAUACUCAGGUACUGUAACAGAAACAGCAUCAGUUUUCAUCAGAUGUUAAACUCAGUUGUUUCAGAGCCAAAAUCCAUAGCCUUGCGUGCCUCUUGAGUUUUGCUUCUGCCUCUUUUUACAGCAUGUUUUUAUAUGUUUUGUGCCAUCGAGGUUUAAUAUCACAUUCAGCCAUGCCUUUCUGCUCUUUGCUUUGGCUAAACUAUGCAGUUUCCAAGGGAUAACCAUGGUUUUGAGUUCAGUUUUUAGGGGUUGUGAAUAAGGUCAACAUGAAAGAAAGAUGCAGUUAAGCUUUACUGAAGAAGGAUUGAGAAAGUUUGGUCACGCAUUUAUAAUCUUGGAUUUGUAAGGACAGAAUCAGAACACAUGCAUUCUUUCACACUCUUUACAGAAACAUGAAAAGACUGUAAUGCAACAUGUAUGCAUUACAGUUCAUACGGACACGGAAGGCGAACCUCAGGUCUGCCGUUACCUUGAGGUGAUCCAUCACUCCAGCCGUCACAUUAACGGUUGAAGCAGGUUGAGUCUGUUGUGUCUCUGCUUGAGUUUGACUUUUAUUUAUUGUUGCUUUUGAUCAGAACAGAUAAAACCCCAAAAAACUACAAAAAAGAAUAUUGAUAGUGAUUUUUAUGUUGACCUGUGUUCUUUAUUUUAGAAUUUGUCAUUUGUUUUAUCUCUCGAAGCACUGGAAUCUGUAUUAUUUAGACUUUGUACAUGGAAUAAGAUUUAUUUCCGAUGUUGUAUACCAGUAUGCCACUUAAAUGUAUUUUAUUUGUAUUUGUUGCUUUAGUUCUAUUUCAAUUCUAUUCCAAAGUACCUGCUCCUCUUAGAGCCAGUUUGGGGAACUACGUCAUAAAGUGUUUCACACAACAAAAAAAGUAAAAGGUUUAUAAAUUUCUGAAUUUCAAAUUUUUUUUGUUUAAAGAUGAAAAGAUUAUGUACAUUUGGGACAUGAUUUUUAGAUGAUUCGGUCUGCUUUAAAUUUUGGCAGAUACAGAUUAAACAUGAUUCUGUGAUUUGACUGAAAUCCGAUUACUUAUUUAAUGAAUGUAAGGUUUAGAGUGGUUCUGGUUGAGCUGAAAUACAUCAAACAUUUUUCCUCCACCUUCUUGUUUCCUUCCUGAUUUUGGUCUCCAGGGACAUUUCUGUGAACUCCAUGAAAACCAGAGUUUUUAUGCCUCUGUGGUUCUUUAUCAUUGACUCUGCAUAUGCUGUUGUCCAGACUUGUGCUUUUUUUCUGCUACACUUCAACCCAUGUUGCACAGACACCCAGACCACACUCCAAAGAGCUCCUUGGGCCUCAUCUGUUAUUUGAUUUCAGUUUGCUCUGCAAAGCAACCCAACAGAGAAAUGUGGUUCUGAAUUUUACUAAAAAUAUAAAAUGUUUUACCAGAAUCCA